CGUUAACAGUAAAGUUGUAGAUUCUGUAGUUCAGAAUGAAGGUCUUGGUUUUUCUGGUCCUCCUGGGUCUACACAGCGCAGCAGCAGUGAUUCACUCUCUGAAGUAUAUCCUCACUGGGUCCUCUCAAUUCCCAAACUUCCCAGAGUUUGUGCUGGUUGGGAUGGUUGAUGAUGUUCAGAUUGAUCACUGUGACAGCAACACCAGGAGACUAGUACCCAAACAGGACUGGAUGAACAGAAUCACAGAAGAUGAUCCACAGUUCUCGGAAAGAUACACUGCCAGAUGUUUGGGUAUGCAGCAGCUCUUCAAAGGCUACAUUGAAACUUUAAAGCAGCGCUUCAACCAAACUAGAGGUGCCCACAUUCUCCAGUGGAUGGGUGGCUGUGAAUGGGACGAUGAGACUGGAGAGAUUAAUGGUUUCAGACAGAUUGGUUACGAUGGAGAAGACUUUCUAUCUUGGGAUGUGACGACAAAUACAUGGAUCACUCCAAAACAACAGGCUGUCAUCACCAAAAACAGUUGGAACAAUGACAAAGCACAGCUAACAUAUUAUAAGUACAGCCUCACCCAGGAGUUACCUGACUUGCUGAAGAAGUAUGUGAACUAUGGGAGGAGCUCUCUGAUGAGAACAGAGCUUCCCUCAGUGUCUCUCCUCCAGAAGACUCCCUCCUCUCCAGUCAGCUGCUUCGCUACAGGUUUCUACCCUGACAGAGCCGAGAUGUUCUGGAGGAAAGAUGGAGAGGAGCUUCAUGAGAACGUGGAACUUGGAGAGAUCCUCCCCAACCAUGAUGGAUCCUUCCAGAUGAGUGUUGACCUGAACCUUUCAUCAGUCACACCUGAAGACAGGAGGAGGUACGAAUGUGUGUUUCAUCUCUCUGGUGUGAAGGACGACAUCAUCACCAAACUGGACAAAACAGCAAUUCAGACAAACUGGAGCAAGACUGGUGAUGGAAGAGAUGGAGGUUUCCCUCUUGGUGCUGUUAUCGGAGGUGUUGUUGUACUGCUGCUCUUGGUAGUCGGCAUUGUUGGAUACUUCCUCUGGAAAAAAUACCACAAUGGAUUUCAACAUGCCAACAUGAUUCACUCUCUGAAAAAUAUCAUCACUGUGUCCUCCCAAGUCCCAAACUUCCCAGAGUUUGUAGCUGUUGUUAUGGUUGAUGAUGUUCAGAUAAAUCACUGUGACAGCAGCACCAACAAAGUAGUACCCAAACAGGACUGGAUGAACAGAGUCACAGAAGAUUAUCCACAGCACUUGGAGUGGCUCACUGCCAGAUGUUUUGGUUACCAGCAGAUCUUCAAAGGCUACAUUGAAACUUUAAAGCAGCGCUUCAACCACACUGGAGGUGCCCACAUUCUCCAGUGGGUGAUUGGCUGUGAAUGGGACGAUGAGACUGGAGAUGUUAAUGGUUUCAGACAUGUUGGUUACGAUGGAGAAGACUUCCUAUCGUGGGAUGUGACGACAAAUACAUGGAUUGCUCCAAAACAACAGGCUGUUAUCACCAAAACUAGUUGGAACAAUGACAAAGCACAGCUAACAUAUUAUAAGGACACCCUCACCCAGAAGUUACCUUACUUGCUGAAGAUGUUAAUGAAGUACGGGAGGAGCUCUCUGAUGAGAACAGAGCUUCCCUCAGUGUCUCUCCUCCAGAAGACUCCCUCCUCUCCAGUCAGCUGCUUCGCUACAGGUUUCUACCCUGACAGAGCCGACAUAUUCUGGAGGAAAGAUGGAGAGGAGCUUCAUGAGGAUGUGGAACUUGGAGAGAUCCUCCCCAACCAUGAUGGAUCCUUCCAGAUGAGUGUUGACCUGAACCUUUCAUCAGUCACACCUGAAGACUGGACGAGGUACGAAUGUGUGUUUCAUCUCUCUGGUGUGAAGGACGACAUCAUCACCAAACUGGAUAAAACAUCUAUUAAGACAAACUGGGGCAAGACUGGUGAUGGAAGAUAUGGAGGUUUCCCUCUUGGUGCUGUUAUCGGAGGUGUUGUUGUACCGCUGCUCCUGGUAGUCGGCAUCGCUGGAUACUUCCUCUGGAAAAAGAACAAGAAGGGAAAGGAAGGGUUUCAACCUGCUAACAGGUUCACUGAGCUGGAAUAG